AUGACUUCACACCCUCUGUGCACAACCCUCAGCAACUUCCCCCAUUUCAGGGGCUGGGACCCCCAGCUGCUGACUCAUGUCACACAAGCUACCUUCACCCUCACACGGUGUGAUCCCUACAUCCGGCUGGCCAUUAGGACAGCCCUGCAGACAACUGCAGCAACAGAGGGCCCUCUCUCGUGUCAGCAGGCCAAGACACAAAGCCUAAGCUUUUACACGGAGAUUAUCUUUAGAUUGCAGUCUUUGAAUUUCAUCAGCAAGUACUUCAAGUUGUCCUCACUUUUAGCAGAGAACACUGCUUUAUUUGGUGAAGCUGAGGCCGGCGUCCCCCGUCUGGUCAGCCUGCAUCUGCGGGCCUCUGACGCCUGCCUCUCUCUGGACUCCGACCACGACGAUGUGGCCUUGGAAGGCGGGACACGUCUUCUGCGAGCUGGUGAAGGUGAAGUGCUACGGGCCCAGUGUCUCUGGAAGCUGCAGCAGCAGCGCGGCGGCCGUGCCCUCCUCCAGGAUGUGCAGAAGGCGCCCCAAGAUGAGUGGGGCUGAACCCUGGACGCCACGGCAGCGGCCCUGGCCCUGGAGAAGACCCGCAACCAGGCCCUUCUGGACCUGCAGGCCGUGGGGUCCACUCACGCGGACCCCCAGCUCGGUGACUUUCUGGAGAACCAUUUCCUGGACAAGGAGGUGAAACUCCUGAAGAAGGCAGGCGACUACCUGACCCACCUCCGCAGGCCGGCCAGCCCCCAGGCCGGGCGGGGUCAAUAUCUCUUCAAGACCCUCACUCUCAAACACAACCAGGAGCCUGUGCCAUCCAGCCACCUUCGAGAGCCCCUCUGUGUCAUCCGGACAAGCCUUAGCACCUCUGCCUGA